CCUAGCACCUGAAUUCAUCCUGAGGAUGGACGCCACCUCCAGAAUGCAAUGGAGAGUGACUGCCCAUCUGAUAACGCUGGAGCUGCUAUAGGCACCCUAGACUACCAACAUCUGGAGGGACGCAGCCCAGCCCAGGAUGCAGAGUUUCCUGAAGCUGCUGCGGGAGCGUGGAGGCGCCAGCCCAUCUGUGGAGGAGCUGGUGAGCUUCGCGGGCAUGCUGUGCCGGGACCUGCAGGACGACCUCACCCAGGCACAGCCCUUGGUCACGGCCGUGCUGGAGAGCCAGCUCCGCCUGUACCUCCUGGGCAACAAGGACGUGGCGCUGGUGUGCGCCCGCGUGCUGGCCCAGCAGGAGCAGCACGAGGCUGCCUGCCGGCUGUUGGAGGGAUGCUGGGUGCCAGGAGGCAGUCAGGAGCUGGUGCAGCUCUGGAAUGACAUUCACUACCAUUUGGUCAUGAAGAGGCGGGGCGUGCCCACGCUGACCUCGGUCCAGAAGUUCCGCUGCAGGAAGAGGAACCCGCCACCCCCCUCCCUCUGCCCUGACGGACUGAAGAGCCGCAACUUCCCCAGGGAGGUUCGCCAGAAGUUGCAGAACUUCGCCUCGGGUGUGAGCAGCAGCCCCAGCAAGGCCGAGCGGGAGGCCCUGGCUGCGGAGACCAGCCUCACCGUGGAGCAGGUCUACAACUGGUUCGCCAAUUACCGCCGGCGCCAGAGGGCGGGUCUCCAGUGCUUGGAGCCGCAGCCCUCAGGCCACCGCCACCCCGGCUUCGUGGGUGGGCACCCACCUCAGUGGGCAGGAGGUGAGGAGAAUGGGCCGGCUCGAACCCUGGUGACCACUCAAGGGCUUUGGCAGCCUCCGGCCCUGGCCUUGGACGUUUCUGGAGACGGGACAAUGCCCGAAUCACCGACUCCCAGUUCUCUGCAGGGCGGUGAGAUGUAUCCGGAGGGGCCUGGCCGUGACCCAUCCACUCUCCCCGCCGUCUACCCUGACCCUGGCUUCGCUGGGCUGGCUGCCCGCAGCGACUUGCUGGACCCUUCAGCUGCGCCCAAGCCCUGGCUGGUGUCCCUCACACUGGCGUCCUCCAGGGACGCUUCCGUUCAGACUGAACAGCUGGUGCACAGUCACGGGCUGCACUUCUGGAUGCCCCCUUCGGACGCUUCUAUGUCAGUGUCCAUUUCCACAGUCGCCAAGCCCAGCUCCACAGGGCUCCUUGACCUGCCCAGCAGCCACCCCCAGAGCACAUUCCUGGAGGAGGGUCCGGGCACCAGCAUCAGCCAGGCAGGCAGCUUCCUGGUGACACAGCCCCCACCACAGGCUCCGGAGUUGGUCCUGCCCCAGAGCCUCCCGGAGCUGGCUCCUACCCCGUCGACCUUUCCCGGGCCUGUGCCUGCUGGGCAGCUGAGCGAGCCCCUGCCGUCCAACCAGGUGCCGUGGUCUGACAGCCAGACCUCCAGCGAUGCCUUCUGGGUGGCCAGGAUGCUCCUUGAGCUUUCGGGGGGCAACAUGGACUGAGCUGCCCCCGGGAGCCAGGCCAGCAUCCCAGGGAAGACAGGUGUGGACAUUUGACCGUUCAGUACAAGUUACAGAACCUCAUCCUGAUGAAGAGAGAAGGUUCCCGAGUUCCCUGGGGGCUCUGCUGGGAGGUGUGUGCGUCCCUGGUCCACGCCGUGUUUAUGCAGUUGUUUGGCAGCUCCUGAUGUUGGAGGAAGAGUUUUUGAAAUGUUUAUGGAUUCCAAGUCGAAGGGGUGUGUUCCACUCAGGCCACGGCAGACGUUAGGGCCACCCCUGAGCAGUUGUGGGCAGGAGACUGUUCCCCUGCCGGCCACCCUCCUGCCUGCCCUGUGCCAGGCCAGACUCCCCACCGGUAACAUGGUGAGUGGGAAGUGGAAGCGUGCUGUCAAUUCUGUGCCUGUGGUGCUUCUCCAAGUGGCGUCGGGUGUCCCAGCAGUGUGGC